AUGUCUCAAAGUUAUCAUCGCCCAAGACCAGCUGGAAUGGCCGGAGCCAUUUUGGAUAAGCAAGCGAAUAAGUUCAAUGAUGUGGAAGCUGGAUAUUUGUUGGAAUGGAUCAAGGAUCUGACAAAAGAGGAAUUCGACUGCGAACCGUCUCGCGACAACUUUCGUGAGCAACUAAAAGACGGCUCAAGACUGUGCAAAUUGGUGAACGCUAUCAAAGAGGGAAGUGUCAAGAAAAUCAUGAAGCCAAUCUCCAAUUUCAACUGUCUCGAGAAUAUCAACCAAUUCACAAAUGCAGCCAGAAAGUUGGGAGUCAAGGACGAGGAGACAUUCCAAUCGGUGGAUUUGUUCGAUGGACGCGACUUGUUCUCAGUUACUGUGACCCUUCAAAGUUUGGCUAGAAAGGUCGAAAAACUUGGAAUCGCUCCACCAAAACAAGUGUCCAAAGAUCAAAUUGUCAACAUGUAA